CUCCUGUAUAAAGCAACUAGGUGAAACUGCACGAAGCCGCAGUGCUCAGUCGGCUACGGUCUGUUGAGCCCCAGCCAUGGUCAGGAUGGCACGGCCGAUGCUUGCGUCGCCUCAUCCUCUCCUUUUGGUGCUGGUUAUUUUAACCAUGGUAGCAGCGAUCCCCAACGCGGUUAUGGCAAUCGAUCUGAGACGUCUUUAUGGGCACAUCAGCGCUAAACGUGGUGACGCCUGCCACCCUUACGAGCCAUUCAAAUGUCCUGGGGAUGGAAACUGCAUAUCGAUUCAAUAUCUCUGCGACGGAGCGCCAGAUUGUCCUGAUGGAUACGAUGAGGAUUCUAGAUUAUGCACAGCUGCUAAGAGGCCUCCAGUUGAGGAGACCGGAAGUUUUCUCAAAUCCCUAUUGGCUAGCCAUGGACCGAACUACUUGGAAAAACUGUUCGGAAGCAAGGCAAGAGAUGCAUUGAAACCCCUUGGAGGAGUCGACAAAGUUGCUAUUGCACUUUCGGAAUCUCAAACGAUUGAAGAUUUUGGGGCAGCACUUCACCUGAUGAGAGCUGAUCUCGAGCACCUGCGUUCUGUGUUUAUGGCGGUGGAGAAUGGGGAUCUUGGGAUGUUGAAGUCGCUUGGUAUUAAAGAUUCGGAGUUGGGAGACGUUAAGUUUUUCCUUGAAAAGCUGGUUAACACGGGGUUCUUAGAUUGAGGUUGGCUUGACCCUGUUGCUGAAAUAGUUUAUGCCCAUCCGCAACCACAUAUGCCAUUGAGCAAACAUUUCUACUCUUAUCUUCCUUAUUAAAUGUUUGCUCGAGUGUUGGUCAAAUUUUAUCGAAAGCAUGGCGUCGUCUGGUUUGAGAAAAUAUGCUGUGAGCAGGAUUUUGAUCUGUCAUGGAUUAUUUUCGAAAAUUAAGACGUUUUUUUUUUAAUAUUGCAUUUCGGCGACCAACUAGUUGAACACCAAUAACAGAAUUCAAUUAACAUGGACUGGGCAAAACCGUUUCCGGUCAAUAGCCAGUUAAACCUACACAACUUUUAUUAAAAUAGCCAUUAAUAUUAUAGGAAAUUUAGACAGAGAGUGAAACAGGGCAAGGAAAUAGAACAAAAACUUGACACUUUAUUUAAUCUGCUUUGGUGAAGCAACCAUCUUGGUCACCCCAUUUACAAAGUUUCAGCAGCAGUGUCGGUUUUGAGAUUUCCGUCCCCCUUGAUUUCACGAAUCAAUUUAGAGGGAUGAAAAUGUAUUUAUUUGAUGUAGUAGGAGGAUCCGAUCAAGCACUUUGCAAUUGAUUUUUGGUGCUUUUUCGACCAUAAUAUGUAUCAGGACUUAUAUAUUGUAGUUGAUGUUCUGAUAAUUCACUAGAAGUAGAGCUAGGAUGUAGAUUUAGGGAAAUUUUAUAGUAGAUAUAGACAUGCAAACAUAUCAAAGCCUUCAAAUGCACCAUAUAUCCAAUGAGGCAUUUAAGGCUAAAAACCAAAACAUAUCACAGAAACGUAUUACGUAUGUAUCAUCAAUUUGAACUAUUUAAUAUACAAGGUGCAUUGUGAUUAGCACUACUUUUUAAGGUUUUGUAUUUUUUGUCUUCUAUUGAUAGCUUUUAGAAAAUCUAGUUGUACCCAUAUUUUUGAAAACGAAAGGUUUUUUAGAAUCGAACUUAGCUCUGUAACUAAUCUGAACGCUCUAGGAGCAAGUGUAGGUCAAUAGAAGACGAUAUUUUAUUGAUUAGCAGAUUAUCUGGAUGUAGUUCAUUGUAUGUCAUUACUCCUGACUCCCAGUCCAAUUAUUGUGGCACACUUUUCAAUUUGUUAACUCAAAUUUGAUUGCACAAUAUAGCAAUAGGUUUAACAUUAUAACCAAGCAUUGAAAAUUUGGACAAAGUCUCUCUAUAUGCGUAAUGUGACUGAGAAGUAAAAGUCUAAAUCUAGAGAAUUAGAAUAAGUGUGAACAAUUUGCACUACUUCUUAUAGUACGUAUGUUUACAUUGUUGCACCAAAUCGUAUUCUAUGACUACUUCUUUCAAUAUUGUGAUCGAUGUAAAAAAAAUGCCAAAAGGUUCGUUUAUUCGUCAAGAUAACGACCUGACAAUUACCAUCUUACAGGCGAAUGCACAUCUUUUGCCAUGUUCACAUUCAACAAAGCACAAUCAUGUAGUGUACACGUUAACUAUAUCUAGAACUUAGUCAUGUUACAAAUAUACAUUUAUCUUUAUCGAAAUAUAUCUAUAUGUCUUACUAUUUAUAGAGUUGUAUGCUGGUUGGCUAAAUGCUGACUGUACAUUUUCAAUGAAACGAAGAAAUUAAUUGCAAUUUUAUCAAAAAUGGAAAUACAUCCAGGUUUGCUAGCGCCUCGAUUCAGCAGUUAUUGUGGGCACUAAAUCAUCAUACCUAGAUAUGUCUCGCGAUGCAUUCGAGACACAUCUAAACAACCCCAUUGAAUGACUAAAAUGAUAAUUUCUUCAAAAAUUCCAAUAUUAAACAGGUUAACAAGUGAGCAUUUAAUUGACUGGCAUAAAUAUAUAUUUUUCCAACUAUCCAACAAACAAUCGGCCUGAACUACUUAUGAGCAUUUCCGAGCCCCAGAUUAUAAAAGCAUCCUUAUUUCGUUUAGUACGUAUUUAUACAGUAAGUGAAUAAUAUUGUUCCACCAGAGUUCUCAAGCUAACCGCCUAUCUAUUGGACCAAGUCCUCGCAAAAAAUACAUCAUACGUGCUUAAUAUUGGGCAAUCAUCGUUCAACACAAACAACUGAACCUAGAAUGACUGUGUUUCCUUCGCCAAACGUGGGAUAUUGAACUAUUUUAGGUUUCUAUAAACUACAAGACCACAGAAUUCCUUUACAAUCAUCGCUUUUCCAUAUAUACCUCUGUGAUCAGGUAGAUCGGAUGCUAAGAGACAUGUUAUACAUUAAGAUAACGACCAUUACGACCUAUUUUUACCAUCUUACUGAUGAAUAACAUAUCACUUAAAAUGCGAAGUGGUGUUGCUGAUAUAACUUUUUUAACUGCGGAAGCAAGAAUCAGAGUUAUACUGACUAAACCUUUGCCCGUUUGAGCACCAUUCUUCAAUCACAAACCAAAUAAUGAUUGUCCAUAAAAAAUAUUUCAUUUAGUCUCUAUUGUUUGAAAUAAUCUUGACAAUUUGUUUGGAUGCGAUCGGGCUUUGCAAGGUUUCAAUUUGUAGGGUAAUCACUUUUGUAUUACGUAUAAUACAUAUCAUACUUUUAUAAAUCACUGUAAGUACUGAUAUGACAUGUAACGGUUUUUACGGUGGAAAGCAAUAAUUAAGCACCAAACUGCAGAUAUUGGGAUUUGGUCGAUAUUUGGAACUCAAAUAUAUAGCUUCCACUUUAAACUACCGAAUUGUGAAAAAUAAAUUUUCUUAUUAAAUUAAAUUCGUGAGGGGA